AUGGCUGUGCUGUCUAAUGCGGCCAAUAAAUCACGCUUCAUCACGGGCACCACUAAAAAAGCGGCUCAUGAUAUCACUAUAGAGGAAAAAGUCGAUUCGAAGCAUCAUGGGACCUCUUUGGCUUCGCCUCGAAUGUGCCCGAAGCUAUCGAUGAUUGCCUCAAAAUAUCCUCAGCUCUCUCGAGAAGCGAUCUCCAAACACCUGACGGAGUCUGUGUUGGAGGUGGUGGAUGCCAUCACCCAAAUGCCGGCCAACGCCGAGGCCCCUCGCCGACCGCUUUUAUUAAUCAAAGAAUGGCUGAGCGGGGAUGCCGCGUUUGGGUUUACCCCGUCGGUGGUCCUGGAGGGCCUGACGGAUUUGAUUUGUGUGCUUUCGCGAACCAUCCCUCUUCAAUGGGAUCCUCAGCAAUCGAUGAAAAUAACCGAAACGAAUCCUCACAGCCUGGCUGAGCGAAGCGGCAUCCUGGGUGAGAUUCAGCCCCCUCGAGAAGAGCCUGGAAAGCGCACAACUCCGCACGACAGUACGGUGGUGAACUUUCCAGCGGCCAUCCCAACCAAACAAGACCCAUCCCCGCAAAUUGACUUCACCAACAUCCACCCCGAGUCCUUUCUCCCGCCUUUAAUGCACCGAUCGCGGACUCUUCCCUCUUGGCCAUGUGGAUAUUCCACCUCAACAAACCCUACCUCAACCCUCCAAAACAGCACUUCUGAGGUCAUUCACCAAACUUUAGGGCCUCAACAAACCACAGCGGGUCCUUUUAGUUCUGCUGAGCUGACGUCCGGCUUUAACCCUACGGAAACGGCGACCCAGGGGGGGAAAUCGAGCACCAAAAUGUUGACGUUUCCGCAAAAUGCCACCGCGACGCCGGACACGCUCGCCGAGGAAAGCGCCACCAUCCACUACUCGCCCUACAUCGCGGAGGCGCUGGAGAUGCUUUUGGUGUUCUGCGCAAAACCAUUAAUUUUGCUGACGCUGAAAGACCAGCAAAUCCUAAGUAAGGCGGUCUACCAUCUGUUCGGCGCACUUGCACGGGUUAUUUCGGAUGUCAGUGCGUGCUUUUCUCCACCUUCCGCCAAUUCGGUGGAUACGUCGUCGAUCUCCCCAACCUCCCAGCACCCAAAUGCCUCGUCUAAGGUCGCACAAAAGCUGCAUUUGAUGGCGCUUCGUGCGAUGCAAUCCCUGAUCGCCCAACUCCAUCCUCAGCGCCACUUUGAACAUCUUCAUUUAUCAAUUCAAUCUGAUAAGGGGAAUCCAAAGAAACGAAAAGGAGGGGUGAAGCCACCUUUUCAACGCGAUCGUGAUCCCUCCAUGCCUACAAAGUUAACCGCCUUGUGUGAAUUUUUCGAUUACUUACUUCAAUCCCAAAAGGACUGCCCAAAUGCGGACAAGACUCAAGAUGAGAACCCUAAAUCCGAUCAAAGCUGCCCCUUGGACUUUCUUGUAGUGUACUGGAAUUCGCUGUUGAUUAAAAGUGAUCAAGAAACACGCGAGCCGCGUGAUUCUACGACUCCGGAAAAGGAAAAGGAAAUCACCAAGAUCACGUGUUUGACCGAAAACACCACUGGUGAUACCCAACCUGAAAUCAAGGUAAGCUCAGAAGAGGAACUAAAGGCCUUAUUGCAGAUAUUUGAGCAGCUCUUUUCGAAUGCGAAGAAGGCAUUUGAAUACAAAGAGAGCUUCUCCGGGACUAAAAGAGAGAUCUCCAAGAAAGCGAACCACCCGGACAUUACACAAUUUACGUCUACCAUUCCCCUUCUGACGGUCUAUACCUUAGGGGUAUAUGUUGAUACGCAUAGUAGGGUGACUUCACUCUGUGUGGAAAUUUUAUCGCUCCUGGUUGACCUCGCGCCGUCCGCGACGUCGCGUAUUUUACUUGAUAUCGCCUAUCCAUCUCAGGUCAAAUCUCAGGAAAAUGCGUUAGACGAUUCGACCCCGAUCGUGCCGUUUAAUUAUAUAUUUCACACAAUUCUUAGCUUGCUCACAACGCUGCAUUCACAAAGUCGACUGGAGCUGCUGAAUGAUAUGCUGUUAUUUGUCGAUACGAUACUGCGGUCUGAUACGGAUAGUUUAUUGGGGCUGCAUAAAACUUUAGGGGCUGCGAAUAGGAGCACCGGGGAGGAUAAACCGCAGGCUGGGAACAUUUUACCACCUACGAUUGAUGCGAUUAACGCGUGUAUGCUUCUUAUUUUUAAUGCGGUGUGCAAGGACGAUCUCAAUAACUCCAUCGAACGCCAUAGCGUGUGGAAAGCUAUGGACGCGACGCUUUUGAGCUUCUGCGAAAGUAUGACGCCCAAACGGGAAGCCUGCAAUAGCUCCAGAGGCAAUGGGGCUUACGAAAAGGUUGUGAGUAAAAAACAGCCCCAUCAGUCGUCGCUCGAUGAAGUCAACGACGAGUCAUCCGAGGGAAUAUCCUCGACGAUGCAGUCCAUCCAUUUACCCAAAGUGACCGUCAUGUCCUCGAAAGAGAUGCGCCGCGAACUGUUAUAUCUAAAGCGCCUGGGUUUGGAAGUGUUGGAACGAUUUAUGGAAUGGCAGUCGACCCAUACGGAAGUCUUUGCACUUCAGAAAGAGAUUGGGCUUCAUUCUCUAACCCCAACCAAGGGAGCGAUCUAUGAGGGUUAUUAUCUCUUAGACCUAUGCUCUAUGGGAUUUCUUGACGUGCUGUUCAUUCACAUCAACCGCGAUAAGGAUUCCUCCAAGGACAUUUAUGUUUGCGGUGCUGGUUCUACAAGCCCAACGAUAAACAACCACAAAGGAUCAUUGAUCACCGGUGAAGACGUUGAGGCAUUGCAGUUGGAGUCGUGGGAGCUUUUGACGGCCCUGAUCAAACAUACGCACUGUCUACGUGAAUUGUUCUUGAACCUGAAGGAAAAAAACUUCUUCCUUGGCGCCGAGCAUCAUGAGUUGUCAGGGGCUUCGAGUUCUAUUUUCAUGAACGAGUGCCGAGGACGGAUACGCCCAGCAAUGAAGAAUCUUGCAUGCGAUCAUUAUGAUUACAAUUUUGACUAUUGUAUUGCAUCGAUGGGCAGUAUUUCAUGCGCGAUGCGAUGCCUCGAUCGGUAUCGGUAUGAAUCCUCAAAAUCUCCCACUCAACUGGGGUCCGAAGCCGUGCAGAUCAACCCGGAGCAGCUGCGUGAACCCCUCUGUAAGGCCGUCUUGACGUUCCUGACAUUUCUGUCGCGAAGUGGUAUUUCCGGACGAAACAUCGGCAUGAUAUUUCUUGGGAUGCCCUAUUUAAUUCAAAUUGCGAUCGGUUCACUGCAGAGCAUUCGAUGCCACUACAACUUCAUCUUCGGGCUUCACGAUAGUCCAUCCCAACACUCUACGAUAACGCGAAAGGCUGUAGAAAUCGAUCCGAAUUCGUUCUUUUUCCUCCCCGACACGGCUUUGGACACCACGCUUUUACUUUUGGAUUUACUCACAAACUUGGGUGCUAUCGCGGAGAGCUAUGAGGUCCAACUCCCAGAAGCCACAAAGGCCCAACCGUACCUUCGCUAUCCAAACCCACUAGAAACUUUUUCCAUGGGAUCGGAGGCCACGCUAUCGGGGUCGUCUGGAAGCCCUAAAAAAGCGGCUUCCGAGGCCACCCCUACGAAGGCGGCGAAUCCUUCUUCCGGGCAUGAAUCGGCGGUCCUCUAUCCUACCCCCGAAAGGGAUUCUGGGAUGGGGGCUGAAAAGACACUGACGCUUCUCUCGACCAAACGCUCCAGCUGCUUCGACAACUUUUCCGACUGCUGUGGGGUGCGGAUGCUUUUGGAUUGGAUUCAAUCCAUUCUUUCACCCUGCCCACGAAACGCCUUGAAUGCGACCAAUCUUUCCUUCACGUAUUCCCAGCAGAAAGGCCGAUCGGCGCUUCCGCCUUUGGAUGAAAGCCUACCGCGUUAUGGGCCGUUGUUGGCAUCGCUUCUGCACGUCCUUCAGAGCUUCAUUUUAGCCAACGGCGAAGGUGGGAAAAUUUUUAUGGAAAGCGAAGGGCUAUUUGUCCUGUUGGAUGCAGCCGAAUCGCUGGUGGUCGCCUCAGGUAUUUUGGAUGAGAACCCCGUGAGCAAUCCGAUGCAUACCGAUAGCUUUAAGGAGGAUACGGUUCGAUCGGGAACCUUAGAGAAUGCGCCCACAACAAUUUCAAGUAGUUUUAUCGCGAAAGACUCGCCGCUUUUGAAUAUUGGGUUUGAACAGCUGCGAAUGGAGUUGAAAACGGGGAUCGCACAAUAUUUUGAAUAUCAGACCCAAAAUUUCAUUGACUACAGUAGGAAUUUGCUUGCCUAUACUCUGGCCAUUCUAUCCGACUUGUUAUAUACGAAUCUCAUGGCCCGUGAGCACUUUAUGCUCUGGCGUAGCCGGCGGCUUCAAUCACGCGAUGAUAAAUUGGUUAAUUCCACCACAAUGGAUACUGGUAUCAACGCGGUUCAACUUCUGGUUUCGGUGUGGGAAUUUGCUUUACGUGAGAACUUUGCCUACACACAAAAAAGUGGCUUCACGCGUGAAGACAUGGGGAAAGAGCGUUCAGUGCCCAGCGAAAAGUGGACUUUGAUCGAGGAAACCUUAGGGGAGACACCCACCGCAGGGUUGAGUUUACUCCGCGUUUUUAUUCGCGAUAAGAUCAACAUGAUUCUCCGUCAAGGCUAUAUUCGUCGCUUAGUACAUCGCAAAGCGGCACUGGGGUUGCUACCGGCGUCGAUCUACAGUGCCGACGCGCCCUCGUUGACUGAUUCGAACUCCGACGCGGAGGAGUUGUCAAGCCCUCGUAGUCAAGAAAGAAUCCAAAACGAAGCGACUUUAUUGCGAUAUUACAUCUUUGUAAAAGAAGGUUUCUGGAUUUUCACCCAGGGAGAAGAAGUGGAGGCCGACAACCAGGGUGGUGCCGCAGGAGUCGAGGAUUGGUUUGAGUCGGAGGAUGCAAAACAACUCGCGCUGAAGGAAACCCUCACAUGGUUGAAUACAAAGACGGUCCUCAAUAGGAGUUUUAUAACGGAGGCGAUUAGUGUCUGGUUGAAGGAGCAUCUCGGACUAGGGGUAAAGGUUUACAGCUGUCUGGCCGCACUGGGGUUUGGGCGCUUAAUCAGCACAGUUGUCGGAAAGGACAUCGCCAAUUGCACUUUUUCCCAAAGUGGUCCAGAUUUGACCCAUCAUAUAAAGGAUUCUGGAGAAGAAAUGGAUUCCAUUCCAAACACUCAUCCCGCGGAUGCUCUUUUGAUGAUGAAAAUGGGUGAAUUCCCACUGACUUCUGCAGAGCGCUCACAUCUAGUGGUAAUGGCUGCUAUCCCUUCCUUGUGUAUCGAUGAGUUGUGCCUUGCAAUGUCGAGCACGGCGAAAAUAUUUCCAACCAUGGGCGAUACGAAUGAAAGCGGCUUGAUGGACUAUUCAACGAUAUACCAAAGUCAUAUCGAACCCAACCUGGGGCUAAUACGUCCUACCACAUCCGACCAACGCUAUCUGCGUGGCAUCCUCCCGGACGUGCUGAAGCGCGGCCAAGAGCUUUGCGAGCUUAUAAAUUUGGGAUAUAGUCUUGAACAGACGUACCAAACUCAGAAAUUAGAUCGAUUCCUGAUUACACGUAUUUCUAAGGAUCUCUCCAACAAGUAUGAUAAAGUAAAGAAGACUAUUUCAUCCAGCGGGAAAGCCAAAAAAGUGGUAUGCAAAUCUGAUAUCGCAGAGAACCUGCGUAGGGAACUCUUCCGUUAA